AUGGCUCCACAGAAAAAAGGUGCAGCAGCUAGGGUUACAGAGGACACAGAGGACCUCACCCGUCACCCACUCCAAUCCAUUCUCUUAGCGGAUAGCUUCACCACCAAAUUCCGUCCAAUCACUCUCGAACGCCCUAAAGUGCUGUUGCCGCUGGUGAAUGUGCCGAUGAUAGAUUACACAUUGGCGUGGCUAGAAUCUGCUGGUGUCGAGGAGGUUUUUGUUUUCUGUUGCGCGCAUUCUAAACAAGUUAUUGAGUAUUUGGAGAAAUCCCAGUGGCUUUCGCAACCGAAUUUCUCCGUUGUAACUAUCGAGUCUCAUAAUUCUGUUAGCGCUGGGGACGCAUUGCGAUGGAUCUAUGAGCGCAAUGUGAUAAACGGAGAUUUUGUACUUAUUAGUGGGGAUACAGUGAGCAACAUGUCUCUCACACAAGUGAUUCUAGAACAUAAAGAGAGAAGGAAGAAGGACAAUAACGCUGUAAUGACUAUGGUUAUUAAACAGUCGAAACUAUCCCCGGUUACCCAUCAAUCACGGCUUGGUACUGAUGAGCUUUUUAUGGCAAUAGAUCCUCAAACAAAGCAGCUUGUUUACUAUGAGGAAAAGGACUUUAAAGGGAUUAUACCUCUUGAUAAUGCAUUGCUUGCUGAUAAUCCUUCCAUUUCUCUGCACAAUGACAAGCAGGAUUGCUAUAUUGACAUCUGCUCUCCGGAAGUUCUCAGUCUUUUCACUGACAACUUUGACUAUCAACACCUACGCCGUCAUUUUGUAAAGGGGUUGCUGGUUGAUGAUAUUAUGGGUUACAAAAUAUUCACUCAUGAAAUCCACUCAAGUUAUGCGGCUAGGAUUGAUAACUAUAGAAGCUACGGAACUGUCAGUAAGGACAUAAUUCAAAGGUGGACUUACCCUUUUGUACCAGAUGUGAUGUUUUUUGGAAAUUCUGCUGCUCAACUUGAAAGAGAGGGGAUGUACCGAGCAUCAGAAAUAGAGCAAUCACGUUCUGCACAUAUUGGUCCUUUUACUGUUAUUGGAAAAGGCACUAGAAUUGGGAACAACUCCAAAAUUUCAAAUUCUGUCAUUGGAAAAGGGUGCACAAUUGGAUCAAAUGUUUUAAUAACAGGUUCCUAUAUAUGGGAUAAGGUCACUAUUGAAGAUGGCUGUGACAUAAGGCAUGCGAUAAUAUGUGAUGGAGUGAUAAUAAAAUCUGAAGAUGUGUUGGAAUCUGGGGUCGUAUUGUCUUUCAAGGUUGUGAUCGGACAAAAAUGUGUUGUCCCCUCCUACUCAAAGGUGUCUUUGUUUCAGCAGCCAACUGUCGAAGAUAGUGAUGAAGAAUUGGAGUAUGCUGACAAUAGCCUUGGAACCUUAGAUUCUUGGUGCAGCCUUGCAGUUCUUAUGUUGGACAUUAUUCACCAUGUUGUUAUUAAUGUUCUGUCAGCAGUGUUUGAUAUGGAUGCAAUUUAUUAUCCGAGGGUAUCAAUUACAGGUACUGUGGAUACAUUGAAUGGGGAAAUGAUUUCUGAGAUGCUGCCUGUAUCACAGCAAAGUGGGAUGUUGGUCAGAUUGGAUUAUGAAUUCAAGUUUUCUCUUAGUGCUCACUUUGCGACCUUUGUCAUCAAUUUUGUCCUUGCUGUUGAUGUUUUGGAGUCAAAGCUGAGAUUUUCUAUUUCUGCCUUGGUGGAAUUCUCAUCCUCCAUCUAUCUUGGGCCUGGUGGUGUUGGCCAUGUAUGGUCAAUAUGUGAAGGAGGUCAUGAGGAAGAAUGGAGACAUUCAGUUGCACCCAUUCCUGCUGAAAAACUUGCUGUGGCCACCCAAGCUUUAGAGGAUGAUUUGGAAUUGUUAAAUCUAGAUGGAAAUGCUCUCUCAACUUCUGCGGAGUUGAAGCCUGACCGUAAUGGUACUGAUUCUGAAGACGAUGAUUUUGAAGAUUCUAGAGACGAUUCCAUUUACUAUGAGAAAGAGGUUGAAGCAACUUUUUUGAGGGCCGUUAAUGAGAAUAUCAAAGUGCCUGACAUAAUCCUUGAAAUGAACUCUCUCCGGGCAGAUAUAGUAGGCGGUAUGGAAUCAGCUAGGUUGUCAUACAACAUGACAUCUGCAGACUGUGCUGGAGCAAUAUUUUAUGCAAUGAUGAAACAGGCAUUAGAGAUUCCACAUUCUACUGCUGGUGAAUUGCGUGAUAAUGCUGAAAGUGUUAUAAAUGCAUGGAAAAAACUUCUAGAGUUCUAUUCAAAGGAAAUAGAUGACCAGAUUGAAGUGAUAAUGAAAUUUGAAGAAAUGUGUCUGGAAUCUCUUAAGGAGUUCUCGCCACUUUUUGCCCUGAUUUUACAAAUUUUAUAUGAAAAAGACAUAUUAGAAGAGGAUGCCAUAUUGAAAUGGGCUGAUGAGAAAAGAGAUGCAGAAGAAUCAGAUAAAGUUUUUGUCAAGCGGUCAGAAAAAUUUAUUCAAAAUGGAGGGGGCCCAGGAGGGCCAGGUGGACCCGGCGGUCCACCAAACAUUGGUCCACAACAGCUUUCAAAGAUGCAGCAGCAGCACAGAAUAUAG